GUCUGUGCCCGACAGGUUGUCCGGCUCCCUCCUGUCUCCCCGACCAUGCGGGGCUCCCUCCUGCCCCGGGCAGCUGCUCUCUGCCUGCUGGGACAACUGAUGGCUUUGAGGCCGGCCGGAACCGGGGAAGCGCUGCAGGUUCAGAUCAUCUGGUUUAACUUCGAAACGGUGCAGGUCACGUGGAACGCGAGCGAACACUCCGGGGCGAACCUGACUUUCCUCUACAGAUUCGACAGCGGGGAUACCUACGACCAAUGCACCGACUACAUUCUUCGACACGGUCUCACCGCUGGGUGCACCCUGGACGCGGAACAAGAUGAAAUUCUGUAUUUUUCCAUCGAGAAUGGAACACACCCUCUUCUCACCCAGAGUCACUGGAUCAGUUAUUACCUGAAGCCCGGCUCCCUGAGGGACCUGCGCUUCCUGUGGCGGCAGGAGGCUGUGACGGUGACCUGCCCCGACCUGCUCUACGACGGUUUCCUGUACGAGGUCCAACAUCGGAGCACCUUCGACACCUCCUGGCAGUCCCAGGAGCAGGAAACCUGCAAUGUCACCAUAGAGGGUCUGGACGCUGAGAAGUGUUACUGCUUCCGGGCCAGAGUGAAGACCACGGAGUCCAGCUACGGCCCCGAUGCCUACCCCAGCGACUGGUCCGAGGUGACCUGCUGGCACGGGGGCCAGCCCACGGAUUCGUGCCCGGACAAGCUUCUCCACCCCAAAUUCACCAGAUUUAUUUUGAUCUGCAGCCUGGUCACCCUGCUGACCGUGUGUCUUCUCCUUCUGUCUCUGUGGAAGCUGGGGAGGGUGAGGGAGCUGCUCAUACCCAGCGUGCCAGACCCCAAGUCCUCCUUCUCCGGGCUCUUUGAGCAGCACCACGGAAACUUCCAGGAGUGGAUCAAGGACACGCAGAACGUGGCCCUCCUGCAGAAGAUGAGGAGCCCCGGGGAGCAGGACUGUGGACCCGAGGACGCCCUGGUCGUGCAAGUUGCCAAGACGCCCGGAACCGUGGACGCCUUGUGCCCCAGGACGCAGCAUGGAGAGUCCUCCGGGGGCUCCUCCCGGCUGCCUCACCUGCCCCCGCCAGGCGGCGACGUGGUCUCUCUGGGGGGCUUCACGUUUGUGAUGAGCGACAGCUCGUACGUGACCCUGUGAGGGCAGCACAGCCCCCGAGGCCCCCGCCGGCCUCUGCGUUGAUGUCCGGGUGUGACGGGAAGAUCCCGGGAGCCCCAGACACCACGGACGGAGCAGCCCGCACUGACCACGCUCGUGUGCAGGGUCCCCAGAGACUGGAGUUGAAAAAGGACAAAAUGUAUUACAAGUCGUGCCUUUAGUUCUUAGCCCACAGGCUUCUUGGGAACUGGAACCUGCAUUCCUGCCCGGGGACAGUAAUCGCAGGGGCAGGGGAGGGUCCUUUGUUCUUUGUCCACAAGAGACAGCUCCAGGGAAGUGUCUGGGCAGAAGUCACUAUGUGGAUGGGACCAUCGGCACCAUCGGCUGUAGUUAAAACUGCCUGAAGCUGAAACCUCCCUUCAAAGGAGAGGACGUUGCUGCCGGCUAGAGUGAGUGCCGUGGCGUCAGCCUAGCUCACAGCAACCUCAGACUCCUGGGCUUAAGCGAUCCUCCUG